GUGGAGCUUGUGCAGAGCGUUGUGCCACAACGUUGGCCGCAAUUGCUAAAAGUGUGUUUCGGAAAAGUGAAAAUUAUAAUAGUGUCCAAAUUUGAGUGAAUAAUUCCCAGUGAUCGGAAUUUUCGCUAAAGAGCCUGGGAAUUUCCUGUGUAUCGCCUGUCAAUCAUCACCGAAUAUUCUACGACUUUUUCUGUGACUUUUUCAGUAUAUUUCCUGUGAUUCUUUUGUGAAUCGCAAAGGAAUCAGUGACAAAUUUUGAUCAAGUUUUCUUCAAAUUGAUCACUCUUGAAUUUCUUGUAAAUUUCCUUUGAUUUGCCAGGGAAUCUUCAGUAAAUUUUCUCUCAAUUUUCUGUAAAUCCCCUGUGAAUCGUCAGGGAAUUGCAAACAAAUUUUCUGUAAAUCCCCGGUGAAUCCUCAGGGAAUCCUCAGGGAAUCCUUACCAAAUUUCCUGUAAGUUUUCUGUAAAAACGAAUUAUUCAAAAUGUCUAUGGAUCCAUCGGUGUCGUUGGAGGAUCUGGAACGCAGGCGUCGUCGCACCAGUUCAGCUAGGAAAGCCUCGCAGACACCGCAACCUCCUGCUCAACUUUCCACCGACUCUGAGGCAAUGGCCGUGAUCAAUGAAAUCUUCAAUCCUCGCCUGAAACUGCCAGAGAGCACGGGUCAUUAUACGUUGCCGGAGGAGCUGAGUGCCAAUGAUCAAGUGUCGUCCAAGGAUUUGGAUAUUGCCAAGUUGGCGGAGCUGAAGGAAGUGUUUACACUGUUCGACACGGACUGUGAUGGUCUGAUAUCGAAAGACGACCUGCGGUUCACCUACAUGGCACUUGGAAACGAGCCCAACGAACAGCUCCUCGAGCAAAUGAUGCAGGAAGCCCACGAGCCCUUGGACUAUGAGUCAUUUGUGCAGUUGAUGUGUCGUCGCACCCAAGAACUGGACCCCGAGGAGGUACUCCUAGAGGCCUGGAGCAAGUGGGAUGAUCACGGCACGGGCAAAAUCGAUGAGAGAAAAAUCUAUGAGGAAUUGAUCAAUUAUGGCGACAAAUUGACCGUCAGUGAGGCCAAAGAGGCGCUCAGCCACGCCCCAAUGGCCAAGCCCAAGACUCUGGAGGAGCCCCCAAUGAUAGACUACCCUGCUUUCUGCCGGAUGCUGGGAGGCAUGCGUAAACGCAAGACUCCUUAGAAUAACUCCAAAUGGAAUAGCAAACUAAAGUGUCAAAAUUCGA